AAGCAAAAAAUGUGAUGGUUUUUACAUUUUUCUGGUUUAAUUACUUUGACGUAUAUAGGACUCUACGUUACUCUGUUGUCGUAGUGAGUUAUGAAUAUUUAAAGAAUGUUAUGUAUUCUUGUCAAUACAUAGGAUUGAGUUCGUGACAGUGAAUUUCUUGACCUUUUUUGAUUAUGAAUGGAGUUAUUCUUUGACAUUCAAGUCAAAUGUCAAUGUCUUUGUGAAAAUGUUGUUUUACUGAAUGAUUUCAUUGGGGUAAUAUGAGGGUUCUUGCUUGGGAUUAUCGUGGCGUUUCUCAAAUGACCUCCGACCCGGAUUGAAUGUCCAGUAAUGGCGUCUAAGGCGAUGGAAGUCUCGUCCCACAUGUAAACAAGAUACACAAUCCUUCGUUCUUUCUUGAUAUUGAAGGGGAACGCGGUCAUAGCAACCGGAUUUUGUAGUAUGUCUUUUUCGCAUGAAAGUCAUUUUAUGUUAUCAGAAUAAUGUCGAUGGAAGAUCCAUUUUUCGUAGUCAAAGGAGAGGUCCAGAAGGCUGUCAACACAGCGCAAGGUCUGCACCAGAGAUGGAGUGAGCUACAACAGGACCCUGGCGGCGCCACCAAGGAGGAGAUUGACUGGACCACCAAUGAGUUGAGGAACAGCUUGAGGUCUAUUGAGUGGGACCUGGAAGACUUGGACGAGACCAUUAGUAUUGUUGAAGCGAAUCCAAGGAAGUUUAAUCUUGAUGCUGUGGAGUUGACCAAACGUAAAGCCUUCAUCACCAGCACAAGGCAGGCGGUGAAGGAAAUGAAAGACCACAUGACUAGUCCAAUGGCUUUGGCCUUGUCAGACAAGAAAAACAGACAGGCUCUGUUAGCGGAUGGAGGGUCCCGUGGCCCAAUCUGGCAGCCGGGAGGAGAUAAGUACACCCGUUUGGAUCAAGAGUUGCAGACAGCCAACUCCCAGUUUAUUGAAGAGCAGCAGACCCAGCAGCAGGUCAUAGCAGAUCAGCAGGAUGAGCAGUUGGAGCUGGUGUCUGGGACCAUUGGUGUGUUGAAGAACAUGUCUCAAAGGAUUGGACAGGAGCUCGAUGAACAGGCAGUAAUGCUUGAUGACUUUGCUCAUGAGAUGGAUAAUACCCAGUCCAAACUGGAUAAUGUGAUGAAGAAGUUGGCUAAAGUCUCCCACAUGACCAGUGACCGGCGGCAGUGGUGUGCGAUUGGUGUUUUGCUGGCCAUUCUGUUUGUUGUGAUCAUCCUCCUCAUUGUGCUGUAAAUGGCACUCGGUAUUCAUCCACUACAGCUUUCCUCGCUUUCCCAGAAGGUCUGACAAAAACAAAGGUGCUUUGGGGAAAGGAAGCCACCGUCCACUCCAGUCCCUACUCCCUCACACUGUCAGCUGCUGAGUACUGCGCUUCUUUUGCAACUGUAUAGGCAAUCCCAGAAUGCCAGUGGUGUGGGUCUUCUGCUUGCUUAUCUGUAAAUAUCUGUCUUGUUUGUGUGUGUGUGCGUGUGUGUGUUGGCAAAGCCCAAGAGACUUGUAGUAUGGUGGCUUGCAUCACUUACUUUUUCUGUAAGUGUGUUUUUCCAGCAGGAAAGGGAGUCGAGUUAGGGCUUUGAAAUUUAGUGUCGUGCUGCAGGGUAAAACAUUUUUGCUGCAUUUACCUUUUAAAAUUGUUCGUGUUAUUAAUGUUAGAUGGUUAUAAAUUGAAGUUAAUAAGUGUUUUUGUUUUUUUGGUUUUUUUUUUUCCACAAACAUUCUAGAGCUAAUAAUUUAAUCAUUUAAUUCCUAUUAUUGUUGACUUACUCUUUUUAUUAACAGUAUGUUCUAAUGGUUACUCUUGGUACUCAGUACUAACUAAUGAAGUUAAAACCAUACUAAACACUGGAGUUUCAUGAUUUGGAAUCCAAUCUCUCUUCUAAGCGGGUAUUUCAUUAAUGGCACUAACAUUAAGUUAACCACUUGUUAUAUUAUGCUCUUUGUUUUCUUCUCCUGAUGUAAUUUUCAGAUGUGUUCCUGAUAAUCAGUUAUGUAGAGAAAUGUUCAUUGGCAAACACUAGUGAUCUAACUGUUUCUCUGGAGAGAAAUGGUCCUACUGAAUCCUCAUUAAGUUCAGGCUAGGUUAAGAGCUGCUUCAGAAGGAAAUCCUUCUAAUGGUGUUAUUUUGAGAAUGUUAGUUUAGGUCUGUUAUCAUUAUGAACUUGUAAGAUUAGCGGAGGAUUCUGUAUAAGGGGUCUUAGAGGGAAGUGGGCCUCCUACUGCACCAAAACAUAACCUUAUUUGCCAGAACCUCUACUGCAAGGAGUUUAUCUCCACCCUGUGGUGUUGGCUUCUGUCCGCAUACACUACUAGCGCUUUUCCCACUAGUCAGCCUUGUAUAUGGUGUAGAUGUGCUCCUACGAAGCAGGUUGGGCUAAAGUUCAGUUUAAAACCACCUUAGUUGUAGCAGUGGAACAGCGUGGGAGUAAAAUUGUCCAAUUCCAAGUUUCCCUACUUGGUUCUAGCAAUUGCUUCUUGAAAAUACUUUAAGCAUUUUAGAUCAGUGUAGGAGUUAUUCUUUUGUAGUCUGAACAGAAUAUUGAAAUUGUUUUUCUUUUAGCACUGGAGGGAUUGUCCCUCAUGAAAUCAUCAUGUUUCAUGUUUGUUGCAAACAAAGUUUACCACUAAGAAGUCGUCCCCUUGAUUUCAAGGUUUAUUUUUUGUUGUUGGGUUUUUGUUUUUUAGGGCUUGUUGUGCAUACAGGUGUCUUGCGCAAUACUGCAGCGGUUGUCAACAAAAGCUCCUUCUCAAUCUGUUUCACCCCACUUCCUACGCAGAUUUAUUUAUUAUUUUUUAGAUGAGGUUUGGUGCAAAAAUGCACUUUCUAACUACUUCAGCCAUAAAAAUAAAAGCCCAUUUGUGUACAAAAUCCAACUCAAGAUCAGCAAAAUCAUAACCUCAGGUACUUGCACUACCAGCUGGAUUCAGAGUAAAAUGCUGGGAGGAACCAUUAACAUAUUUCUUCAUAGUUUUUCUGAAGUUAGAAUUUCAGAGCUAGAAUUAAGCAAGCCAUACUCUUCACUUGAGUCGUGAACUGACAUCUUGUCCAGAGCCCUGCCUGCCACACAACAAACUGUCAUGUUGUAAUAUUAAUUAAAAGUAAUUUGUCUUAGUGUUUCCUUUUUUUUUUUUUUUGGUAGAAAACCUAUGGAUAUUGCUUUCAAGGAGCAGUAAGUAGAAGGUCUUAUUACAAACAAUAAGUCUGAAUUUGAGGUGUAUCCAAAAGAACUGGAUAAGAUGCUGCUUUAGGCUUUAUUUGUGAAUUUGUGGUCUUUCAGUACCCAGCGUUUCCUCAAAGUUUGAAGGUGUUUUCCCGUUUCCUGCGACUAGCCAUUUGAUUGGCCGCAAGCCAAUCAAAUGCUGUGGUAUUUUGACAGUCAUGUAAAAAUGGGGAAAUGCUGCUUGCAACUCCUUUAAGAUGACAUGUGAAUAGUCUCCGAUGGCCUGAGCAGAUUAUUAACAACUUUAAAUUUUAUUUAUUAGAAGGAUUCUGGUUUAUUGGACAGUAUAUUAAAGUAUGAAAAACUGCUGUGAAGGAUAGAAAACUAGAUAGUGCCUUAGCAUGACAUAUAGUAAGUGCAAAUUCAGUCUGAUUUUGACUUGAAAGCCUUGAAAACCUGAAGCAGACGUUUUAUAGGAGCAUUCACUGAAUGUUACACAGAUUCAGUAAUCUUAUGGGAUGUGACAUCUCUGUUAUGGAGGUGCAUUUAGUUCUGCUAGUAUUUGUUAGAUGCAGUAUUCUUAAAUAACCACAAAGGUAUGAGAAAUGCCCUUUCAUAUUUAUUUUGUCAAGCCUUAAACAGUAGCACAAUACUUUUAUCAUGUUCUUCCUUGUGUGUUUUCAAACUGUUAAUAAUAAUAAUAAUAAUAAUUAUUAUUAUUAUUAUUAUUAUUAUGCAGUUGUAUUAUUUGACCAUGAUCUAGGGACAGGACCACAAUGUUUUAGAGAGUAUUAGGAGUACAACACAUUUGGUUGUGUGGUCCCAAACAAAAUUGUUUAUCCUACUUUUUACUGCAGAAGGUUUAGUGUGAAGCCCGAGUAUCAUUUUGUCGUGCAAUAUUAUAAUAUACAGAACAGCUCUGAAGUAAAACAGUCUUAAUUGCACAGUUGAGUCCCUGGUGAGGGGGAGGAGCCUGGGACUGAGCAGACAGAAACUGGUAACAAAUGGGCUUUGGUGAUUCCUUACAGUUUGUCAUUUCUGUGUGUUGGUUUAAUGUACUUGUUCACCUUUGAGAGAAAGAACGAAUACCCUCUUUCCCUCCUCAAAAGGCCUUUGUGAAAUUCUGUUCCAUGAUCCUGUGUGUCCAUUAUGACAUGGAGUUCCUUUGAAUCUAUUAAACGCGGGUGUCUGCUAAA